GGCUGGCAGACCCCGCGGCCCGAGCGCUCCCGGGCAGGGGGGCGGCGACGGAACCGGCCCGGCGUGUUCGCGAAGCGGCGCCCCGCGCUCGGUGACGCCGGCCCGGAGUGAUGUAAGGAGCGGGCCCGGCAGCGGUGGGCGGGCUUAACCCGGAGCGCCCGGCUCGGCUCCGCUCGGCGCCCGCCCCUGCUCCGCGCCCGGCUCCGCGCCGCUCCGCCCCCGCCAGGAGCGCGGGCAGCCCGCCUGCUCCGCGGCCCCGCUGCAGUCCCGCUCCGGCAUGCCCCUCGCCGGAGGAGCACCGGCCGGCACGGGACCCCGCCGCCUCCAGCCCGGCUCCGCCGCUCGCUGCGCGCCGGCAUGAAGCGCCCGGCGCCGGGCAGCCGCCGCUGAAGAGCCGCGCGGCGGCAGCGGGACCCCCUCCCCGCUCCCCCCCUCCAUGGGGCAGCGCCGCGGCCGCUGAGCCCCCGCGCCUCCGCCCGCCGCCCCCACCCCGCGCCGCGCCCCGCCGCGCCCCCGCCUCGCCCCGCCAUGGGGCCGCGGCACCUGCUGCUGCCGCUGCUCCUGCUCUCCCUGCAGCUCCUGGCCCUGCUGCUGGCCGCGCAGGCGGCCGGGCCCCCCCGCGCCAAGGGCAACCGGACCCAGGGGGCGGCGGCGCCGCGGCGGACCCCCAAGCCGGGCAAGGAGCUCCUGAACCAGACGCUGGCGGGCCCGGCGGCUGCCGCCCCCACGGCGCUGCCCGGGCGCGGAAAGGGCGCGGGGGGCGGCAGGACGCCCUCCGGCGGCGGGGGCGGCAGCGGGGGCUCGGCCCCGGCGCACGAGACGUGCUGGGGGUACUACGACGUGAGCGGGCAGUGGGACAAGGAGUUCGAGUGCAACAACAGCCUGACGGGCUUCCGCUACUGCUGCGGCACCUGCUUCUACCGCUUCUGCUGCAACAAGCGCGCCGAGAAGCUCAACCAGAGCCUGUGCCGCAACUACAAGAGCCCCGAGUGGGCCCACCCCACCACCGCCAGCGGCGCGCUGCCCGCCGACGGCAGCAACGGCGCCGACGGGGACGCCAACAAGUACGACCCGGACAAGGACAGCACCAACGCCACCGUCUACAUCUCGUGCGGGGCCAUCGCCUUCGUGCUUAUCGCCGGUGUCUUUGCCAAGGUGGCCUACGACAAGGCGCGGCGCCCACCCCGGGAGAUGAACAUACACAGGGCUCUGGCUGACAUCUUAAGACAGCAGGGACCAAUCCCAAUAGCACACUGUGAAAGAGAGACUAUCUCGGCCAUAGAUACCUCCCCCAAAGAAAACACCCCAGUCAGGACAUCUUCCAAAAACCACUACACCCCUGUGCGCACCUCCAAAAGUAACCCAGGUCACUAUGGAAAGGAUAUUUACCGAAGUGGAGGACCAGAUCUCCAUAAUUUCAUCUCCUCCGGGUUUGUCACAUUAGGAAGAGGACACACGAAGGAUGACCAAGAACAAAACUAUAAUCACCUGAUACUAAACAGUGCCACCCAGACACCUACACAUGACAAGCCACGAAUGAACAACAUCCUUACUUCUGCCACCGAACCCUAUGAUCUGUCUUUCUCCCGGUCCUUCCAGAACCUCUCUCACCUCCCACCAUCCUAUGAGUCUGCUGUCAAGACAAACUCAAGUAAAUAUUCUUCUCUGAAAAGACUAACUGACAAAGAGGCUGAUGAAUACUACAUGAGGAGGAGACACCUGCCCGACCUGGCAGCCCGGGGCACACUCCCUAUCAACGUCAUCAAAAUGUCUCAACAAACCAACCACAGGGACAGGCCCCGCCGUCCCAUCAGGGCCAUGUCCCAGGACAGGGUGCUGUCUCCUGAGAGGAUCAUGCCCGAGGAGUUUAGCAUGUCCUAUGAACGGAUCCUCUCAGAUGAGCAGCUUCUGUCUGCCGAGCGCCUCCACUCCCAAGACCCCCUGCUCUCUCCGGAGCGGUCGGGGUACCCCGACCAGUCUAUGUCACGGGCAUUGUCACACACAGACGUCUUUGUAUCAACACCCGUCUUGGAUCGCUACAGGAUGACAAAAAUGCACUCCCAUCCUAGUGCCUCAAAUAACUUGUACAAUACCUUAGGUAUGAACCCAACCUCCGCCAAGCGCCAAGCGUUUGCCUCCCGACGGCACAACACGGUAGAACAACUGCAUUAUAUUCCAGGACACCACCAUCACUACCGCACAGCGAGCAAAACAGAGGUGACUGUUUGAUAUGACCUUGUGCAUUGUAGAUACUCAUUAGGGACCGGGGUGGCCACAGCACCCCAUACUGCAGUGGCCUUAUAGGCCAAGAUAACCUCUAAUAACUCAGUGUCUGAAAAGACUUCUCUAACAGUCCCAUCCACCUCAUUGUUUUUAAAGCCACCCUUCAUCGGUGACAUAAGAAGAACCCAAGCAAGCAAACAGAUGAUAGUGAGGGAUAAUAGAGGAGAUUUCCUGACGUGCAUCAGUUUCUGUCAAAGAAAGCCACAGUAAUAGAUGGCUCCUUCCAAGGGCUCACCUGCAUUAGCUCAUUGUUUUUAUGAACUUAGGACUUUUCAGUUGCUACAAGUAGAAGCAGUCUCAUGCCGCCCAAGACAGGGAGGAGGAGAUGCAGCCCCCCAUCCUGGCAGGAGGGGCCCUGUCCUUGGUCCUCAUGCCAGCCCUCAUGUUUGGCCUUCCCGUAGCAAGUAGCUUCUGGCUGCUGGGAAUCACCUCCAGACCGCUUGGCAUCAGCCAGCACCCAUACAUCUGUUCUUCCUCACCCUUGGAGCAAAUUCAAGGGCAGACUUUCUUAGGGGACUGGCAGAUCUAGGGCCAAGAAUAGCCUGGCUGAGAAAUGAAGAUUUAGUUUAUAUUAAAUAUACUCAUAAGAUAAAAAUAUACUAGUGCCUACAAAUCGCCUGCUCUCUCAGUGUAGGACGUAGUGGGGUUGAUGUGUUCAAUAAGCACAAAUACGCUGAAAUGCUUGUUAGAUCCUUUUCUCCACUCAUUCUAGUAUCUUGUUGUCUCCAACAUGUAAAUAGGAAGGAGGAAUAGGGUUUCUCGUCCUCCAGCUUCUUGCCACUGCUGAACCUAAAGCACCAGAAUUCUGCUGACCUGUGCUGGGGAAAGUCCUGACUCCACUGAGACCUCUGCAAGGCAAGGAUACACAUGGUUAUCCCAGCCUGGAUUUCUCCCCAGGAGUUUAUUUUGCUGACAGCAUUUUCCACUGGCCCAGUUCCCCUGUUUCUGAACAUAUUCCCUCCUCUCAGCUACAACCUAGAACUCCAUAUGUAGCAAAUCUUUUCCUAGCCCUUAGCAGAAGCGGAAAGCUGAGGGUGUCUUGUCGACUGAAAAGCAGGUUGGUAAUUUUCCGUUAUUUUCUCUCCAUGUAAUAGCCCCCCCAAGAAAACCUUGCAAAUUCCAGUUCUGCUGAGUACCAAGUUCUAACCAUGAAGACAGUUACAUUUCAUGCACAUAAAUUAUAUAUCCAUCAUAAUUACAAUAAAUGGGCAUGUUGUAUAUCUGAUAUAAUACUAAUUAGACACUGUAUAUUUGUAAAAUCUUUAAAAUGUAGACUCGUGGGUCCAGAAUUUGUGAGGGCUUUUUCUUUGGUUUUCUAACCAGAGUGGGCUUUGCUUUGUUUUUUGUUGAGUUUGAUUUUGUUUUGUUUUUUCUUCGUUGUUUUUGUGUUCCUAUCAAAUUCUGUAGAAUUAACUCACACUAGAACAUACUUCUGCAGCCGGGAAGGGGUCUCAGGGGUUUUGAAGGCCAGCCAGACCCAGUGCUGUCACUGUUGGUGCUGGACACUCUCCAGUACUCAGCGUCCAUGGUGUGCACAUGAAGCCCCACCGUAUGCACAUCCCCAUGCUGCCAAUCCCAACGGCAAGCGCGCUCCCUCCUCUGGGUGAAAUGGGGACUGACCUGGGGCUGUAAACGCAUUCCCAUACAAUAUUUCUCUCUUCGUGUCCUACAUUCCCACAAUGAGUCUUUUCAAUACUUCAUUUGAGUUAGCUCUGCCCUUCUCCCUCCCCUCAAAUACCUCCCACCUCCUGGCCUUAACGAUGUUCCCAGCUCAACACGUCGGUCCUGUUGCAUACAAUAACUGUAGGCUCAUGUGAGCUUGAGUCUUGUGCGGAGGUUUAUGACGUGUCGCUAGGUUUUUCUGGUGCGGGGUCGGCAGGGGAAGCAGGUUGUCUUCCUCUGGUGGGAUUCAGAGGCAGGCCUCAGUGGGGUGGCCAUGUGGCCUUUCCCUUUCCCGGCCUGUCCUGGGGCUGCUUGUCCUGGUUCAUGAGCUUCCUUCUGCUCCACCUGAUGGAGACUGGGUCCAGAAAGGACUCCAUCUCUAAGAAGUACUAGGGCUUUGUUUGAUGGAAACUGAGCUGGGAAGGAAUAAAUAAGAGUCUCCAUGGUUCAGAUGGUCAUUACCGUGCAGCACUGGGCAAAAUCAUUUUGGACAACAACCAGAAUUGUCUGUGGAUCAAGGUGGUGGUUUGUGGCAUGGGAGACAUGAGAGAGAAAAGGCUCACACCUCAUCUCCUGGCUCCUUCCCUUGAUGGACACUUCUCUCCCCUGACUACCUCUAAGCUCCUCAGCUCAGUCACUGGAUAUGUCUUCACAGAGGACAAUCCCUGUGAAAAUAGCACCUCUCGUGACCUUCCCACAGACCGAAGUUUGUGACUCUUGUGAAGAGAAGAGAAGAUAAGAGAAACGCACAUGGCUGAGGGGAGGCAGUCCCUGCUGAGGUUCUGGGGCUCUUCCAUUCUCUCUUGGUCCAAGAAAAGCCAAGAUCUUCCCCUCUGCAAGCAGGGAGAUGUGAACACUGUGGGAGAGGAGAGUCCACCCUAAAGUCUCCAGGAGUUGAGGUGGCAGAGCCAGAGGAACAGAAGUGACCAUGCGAGGCCAAGGGAAGGUGAACACUCCUCUCUUUCCAUUUCGAUAGCUGUGCGUCUCAAACUCUAGUCUUCAUCUGAAUGUUCUGUUUGUGAAAUAAGAAGCUGCUGGAUCAGAUGCAAAUAUGGAAAUUUUUCACUCAAGUAACAAAUGCUGUGCUCUGCUCCAGGCCAUUUGAUCUCAGAGCCUUUUCUUAUUCUGACCGACAGAUAUCACAGGUCCUCUGCUAACUUGUUCUAGCUGGGCAGUAAUCCUCCAAAGAAAUCUUAGCCCCAUUUCCUCAGCUUUUCCACCCACUCAACUGUUUCAAGCAGAUGUGUCCCACAAGAACCAUCAAAAAGCCUUUCUAGGUCAAAUCUCUUCAGGGACUCUGCCCCCACCACAGCAAAUUUUCAGCAAAACUCUCUGGGAAGACACCAUGCCCUGGACAACAACCAUUUGUUCCUAGGCACCAUGUGUUCCUAUGGUUUGCUUUGCGUGCUGGAAUGGCAUGGCAGCUAGAGCAGUGGCAUUUCAGCAUGCACAGGUGUCCUUAUGUCAUUUCUUAUUCCCCGUUUGGAGAGUUUGUCACUGAAAGGUCACUUGGUCUGGGACCGGUGUCAUGAUCCACAGCCUGGUCCCCAGCAGUUUUGUUCCCCGUGGUCAACAUGUGAUGGUAACGGUAACACUUUCCUAUCCAGCAGAGGCAUUCUGAGGGUUCGUACCGUGAUGUCUACUAAGUGCUUUGAGACCCUCUCACAACAGACACUAUAGAACAGCAAAGCAUUUUUAUUAAUAUUGUUUGUCACCAUUGUCCUGCAACAUCAUGUCUGAUGUGUUGCAAACCAGGAUGUCUGUCCAGAACGAGAGUUCUGGGGCGGGGGAACGCAGUUCCCCUGAUUGCCCAUCGCUCUCCUUCCGGGCAGGAGCCAUCACAGGCAGCAGCUCUAAGAGAUGCUGUUACCUGCGCUUUGAUCUUUCUGCUUUCUUCUCCUCAUGUGUGAGUCACUGUGACAUUCUGCACUCAGGAGAGAAGCAGGAAGCACUCACAUUCCUCUGUACAGUAACAUAUAAUCUGCCUUGAAUUAUCUAUUAUACGCUAAAGAAUUGAUCUGUCUUUUUCUCCAACCCACAGGUGGAAACACCCAUCUGUGGAGCGGCCAGUUCCCAGAGUGCAUGUGCAGGGACUGGGCAAGGGUGAUGUAGAAAAGUUUAUAUUAUUUCCUAGAAGCCGAUGAUUAUUGGAUUUCCCAAGCAGCAACACAUAAUACUGAGCUGCACUGGAUUUUAUACAUCUCUCUCAUGAAUACAGAUACAUGUAUGUAUAUGUAUAUACACACAAACACAUAUAUAUACAUACAUCCUGUAAAACGCAAUCAUUAAGUUACGACUGACCCUGUACCAACCUACACUUCCAAACUAUAAUGAAUCACUCUUUGAAAUACGGAAAAAUAUUUUUAAUGAACAACACUGAUCACCAUAUGGAACAGAAAUUUUGUCAUAAAAGUCUUCUAAUGCCAGUGAAUCAUGUUUUAAGGAAAAAUGAAAUAUUUUUCAAUGUUUAAUGUUCCUUUUAUAAAUGAUGAUCUGUUACUUGGGGAAGGGGGUGGGUGGGUGUGUGGGUGGGAGGAACCAGGGACAGUUACCUGGGAGUGAGCCCUCCUUUCCUGGCCUGGGUUUAAUUCCUGUCUCCUGGCUGCAAAGCUGCUCCCAUGAACCUGGGCUUCCCAUGUGCACAUUUCUGUUCUUACGUCUAUCAGAAGCAUUCCCACCAGGAAUCUACAAAAGCCUGGCAUGAAGUUUUUGGAAGAGACAGGUAGUUCCUGGUAGCUGGGAAGAUGUCUUCAUCUUCUUCCACCACAACAAACAAAAUCAUUAUGAAACAGGGUAAUUUUAAUUGUAUUCGAAGCAAGUGUUCUGAUUUGUGAUCCGUUUGCCAUCUUCAGUUCAUGUGGUGGAGAAAUAGCUUGUCUUAGCUUUUUUUGUUCAGGUUUAGUGUUUAGUCUGGAAGGAGGAACUCUGUUGAAAUAUAUUAAACAAAUACGGAUUUCUUGUUCAAAUAUAUUUCAGAUGAGUGAAAAGUUAGUAGGGAAAAUACGUGAGAAAGGGGCUUAAAUAUUUUCCUAAAAAGUGUUGUUAGCAAUAAGCCUGUGUUGGGGCUGCUUCUUCAAGAACAGCCACCUCUGUGUUGUAUGUGGGUAAGCGGACGGUAGAAGGUAUCGUUCCCAGCCUCUCUCAGCUGGUUCAUGGCUGUCAAGGAGGUUCCCCCACCAAGCCCCGAAACCUUCUGGGACAACCAACCUGCACUUCACCCGCUGGCAGCGCGGGGGCAAGGGGAGAGAUGGACCAUCCCGUUGGAGCACGUUAGCGUAGAUCUGCAAGACAUCCUUGCUCUCGGCAGCAAGUCGAGCGGCGUCCCGUGUCUGCACCGUGGCCACGCGACAUCCGGGAGGUCCCCGUGCCACCACCUCGGCUGCCGGGACACGCGCGCCGUGCCACCCACGAUCCUUCGCGGCUCCCGACCUCCCGUCUGCAAACCCCUUAGACAUUUUUGUAGCAAGAAUUUCUUGGCUCUGAGAAAGACACUUCUUACUGUAAUAUUUUUAGUUUGGGGGACAAUAUUUCCUAAGAGGGGUUAAGUGGAUAUUUUUGUGCUUUAGCCCGGUUUAUGGAUUCCAUGUUUAUUAUACAGUAGUACUGAAGAGGAAGUACAUUUGUAUCUGUAAUUUGCACAGACUCUUGGUUAACCAUUAAACAAGCUUCAAGAUGAGCAGUAUUUGACUGUUUUUCUCUGUAUUAUUCUUGUUGUUAUACUUACCUGUAAAAGCACAUUCCGUAUGUACUGUAAACAAAAAUAUUAUCAGUUUAGCAAAAUUUAGAGUCUAAGGAUUUUUCCACUUUUGUCAGUAACAAAUAUUUAUGGAUUAAAAAAUAAAGGCAAUUUCAACAUACAAA